UGUCUCUCCUUUAGGUGCUGGGUGUUAAACUGACAACUACGGCUAGCAUGAAAUGCUGCUAGCAUGCCACGCAGGCAGCUAACUUCUUCUAGGACGAGAAAAGUUUGGCGGCAACGUUGAAAUGCUCCUUUCAGUGUAAAGUUUUGACGCGUGUAGGUUUAGUUUUUCUUUGUCAACAUGAAAAUGGUGAACGUUAGGAGAUACCUGAGGGGGAGUGGGAGGGUCCUCGCCUUCGUGUUUGUCGCCUCCGUCAUCUGGCUCCUGUUUGACAUGGCUGCUCUGCGCAUGUCCAUAAGCGACGUGAACAGCCAGCUGCUGAAGGAGCGAGUGAUCCGAGAGAAGGAGAUGAUGAUCAAGCAGCAGUCCAGGGUCACCCAGCUGGUGAUGGAGGGGUUCAAGCACCCAGUGCAGAAGGUGGAGCAGGCUGUGACCCAUGCUUGGAGAAAACAAAAAUCAAACAAACUAGCUCAAGCUUACAGACGUGGAGGCAAAGAGCAUGAGGUGAACUCUAACCAGAAACAAGUCAUCAAUAAAAGUGUCCACGCCAACUCUCGUAAUAAUGGAGAUAACCCUACAAAGCAGGACGUCCGUCCUAAAAAAGAAGCGGUGAACCUGGAUCUAAGCGAAGCAGUGGUUCAUAAAACCCAUCGUCCACCAGGUGUUCAGAUAAACCAAAACCUUUUGAUUAAAACCGCACGUUUUGCACAAAAUCCCGUUGACGGAAUAGACUCAAAGGCUGAUCAGAAGGUUAAGGGAGCGUCUGCCAAGAAUCAAACAAAAGCGAGCCAGCUUCAUGUAGAAGAGGCACACCCUGCUCAAACAAUCGCUCAUCAAAAUCCCAACAAGAAUGUAAACAGAAAAGAGGAAAACAUGGAGGCGAAACGGGUCGGGAUGUCUGAGAGGACUAAUGUAAACGUAAAGAAGGAGCGUCUGAAGCCGAUAGUCCACCUCAGAGCAAAAGAAAACACUAGGAUCAACUCCACCGCUGGCAGAACAGCAGGCGUCCACAAAGUGCUCCACCUGGACAUGACUCAAGCUCCCAGAGAUCCUAAAGCAGUUGGCCAGUUUGGCCAGGCGGUGCUUCUUCCCAAGAGCGACGAUGCAGUGGUGAAGAAGAGGUGGGAUGAAGGCCAUUUUAACGUCUACCUUAGUGACCAGAUCCCAGUGGACCGGGCCAUUCCCGACACCAGGCCUGAAAGCUGUGCGCAGAAUCUGGUCCACGACGACUUACCUUCCACCAGCGUGAUUUUCUGUUUUGUGGAUGAGGUGUGGUCCACGCUCCUGCGCUCUGUGCACAGUGUGCUCAACAGAUCGCCACCACACCUCCUCAAAGAGAUCAUCCUGGUGGAUGAUUUCAGCACUAAAGACUAUCUGAAGGAGCCACUGGAUAAGUACAUGUCGCAGUUUCCCAAAGUGCGGAUCAUUCGUCUGAAGGAGCGCCAGGGCCUGAUCCGGGCCAGGCUGGCAGGAGCUGCAGUUGCCAAAGGUGAAGUCCUUACCUUUCUUGACUCCCAUAUUGAAUGUAAUGUGGGCUGGCUGGAGCCACUCCUAGAGAGGGUGUAUUUGGAUCGCAGGAAGGUGCCUUGUCCAGUUAUUGAAGUCAUCAGCGACAAAGACAUGAGUUAUAUGCUUGUUGACAACUUCCAAAGAGGUAUCUUCAAAUGGCCUUUGGUGUUUAGCUGGAGCUCAGUACCAGAGGAUGUUAUUAAGAAGAACAACAUGACCAUUUCAGAUCCAAUCAAGUGUCCAGUAAUGGCUGGGGGGCUUUUUUCAAUUGAUAAAAAGUACUUCUUUGAGCUUGGUACCUAUGAUCCAGGUCUAGAUGUGUGGGGUGGAGAGAACAUGGAGAUUUCAUUUAAGAUCUGGAUGUGUGGCGGGGAAAUCGAGAUUAUCCCCUGCUCCCGGGUUGGACACAUUUUCCGAGGGCAGAAUCCUUAUAAAUUCCCAAAAGACAGGCAGAAGACGGUGGAGCGUAACCUGGCAAGGGUGGCUGAAGUUUGGCUGGAUGAGUACAAAGACAUUUUCUAUGGCCACGGGUACCACCACCUGCUGGACAAAAAGGUCAUGGAUAUUGGCAACCUCACCGAGCAGAUUGAGCUGAGGAAGAGGCUCAAAUGCAAGAGCUUCAAGUGGUACCUGGAGAACGUGUAUCCAGACUUCAGUACUCCUUUAGUCAAAGCUGAGGGCCUGGUCUUCAAUCGUGGCCUAAGAAAAUGUCUCGCACUGCAGAAAGGUUCAUUGUCCUUUGAAGUUUGCAAUCUAAACAAACAGAAUCAGCACUUUAAUUACACCUGGAUGAGGCACAUUCGCCAGCAGGGCCUGUGUGUUGAACCACAAAGCAAGGAGCACGGCUUUGCUUUACUGCCAUGUGACAACGCCAAACGUGAACUCCGCUGGUUGCACAAAAUCUCCAACGUAGCUCUAGCGGAGCACCUCAUUGCGGAGUUUAGCAACCACAUGUGCCUGGAGGCUGAACCUCGCGGUGUCACCGUUCGUCUCAGCCCGUGUGAACCCAACAACAUUUUCCAGAAGUGGCAGUUCACACAUUACUCCGUCUAGUAACGAGACUGGAAUGAGCUUUAAACGUGCACUAUUACAAACACCCAGUGCCUUACAGCGCAGCCUCCCAACAGGAGGGGAACCAAAGUGCUUUGGUGGCAGGGACAUGUGUGAGGUUGUUCACAUGGUGUGGGAUCAUGUGCAAGAGGAAAACUAAUUUCUCAAUGCCUAAGAUUGUUUUAAUUUAACUGGGAUUUAAAUUUAUUUCUGUUGGGGGAGGAUCUCAGUUUUAUUGUUGACAAUGCCUCAAGUUUCCUCUACCGGGACUGAAUGACGAGAGACUUAUUUUUUUAUUUUUUCCAUGUUUUCAUUGAGUAAAGUGCUUUAUGCUGCUUUUUUGGGGGGCGCGUUGUAAAAUAUUGCAUCUUUUUUUUUUUUGUCGAACACUAGAGGGAAGUGUUUCAAAACACUCCAGAAGCCUGCUCUGGUUUUAGUUAUCAAAACUUUUAAAGUCAGAUUG